AUGUUCUCUGGCAUUGACAUAUCAGGUCGGCCUGGGGCCUGGGGGCUGGCAGAAGCCGACCCUGCGGCCCGCGGUCCAGUGCGGCCGAAGAGCGGCAAGGCCCCCUCUGCGGCAGGCUACGCAGGCUUGCACCAAGCCAAAGCUAAGGCUCCGAGCCUGGCUGGCUUGGGCAAGGCGGCGCCAGCGGCAAAGCCUCGAUGCGGCCCAGCAGCCUUCCAGCUGAUUAAGAAGAUCGAGACCCAGGACUCGCAUCUUGGGAGUGAGGUUGGGGAGGACGACGAGGACGAGGAGGGCGACGAGGAAAGCUUUCGGUCGGAUGAGGAUUUCCGCAUGGGCCAAGAGGCACUCCCGGUAUUCCUGGACCCAGGCAGUGCACAAGAGCAGGCCUGUGAGAUCAUCCGGCGCACGGUGUCCCCUGAGGCGCAAGCCUACUUCCAGAGGAUCCUGCGGGUGACACACAGCGAGCUCGAGAAGCUUCUCAUCCACAAGGUCACGAACCUCUUCGAUCCCCUGGGCGCUGAAGGGCCCUGCAGGGCAACUCCAAAGGGAGAGCAGGGCAACCUGCUGCAGGAGAAGUGCCGGCUGCUGAAGGAGAAGUCCUCGGCCGAGGGCCAGCAGCUGACCGCCUAUGUUUGCACGGUGCUGUCCAGGAUCAUGGUCGACUUCAGCCACUUCGCCGACCUCGUGCUGCGCUGGGAGCGGGCCGAGCCGGGUACGGAGAGCUCGGAGGCCUUCGGCCCCGACACGGAGCAGGUCCACCCCAGCGGCUUGUUGCUGGAGCGCUUAGAGCGCCAGGACCAGCAGAAUACGGAGUUGGAGGUCAAAUACAGCAACUUGCAGGCGGAGUUGCGGGAGAAGAACCGGCAGUUCCUCCGCGACCGGUCUCUUUUCAGGGAAAGGAUUCGGCUCCUGCGAGCAUACGCCCUUGCUGCUGAAGACGCCGAAUUGCUUCAGCUGUUGCAGCACGACGUGCAGUUUUACCACGAGGAGAAGGGCCAAACCGUGGAGGACGUCAAGGAGGAGUAUGAGAAGAAGCUGUCGGCCCAGGAGAUGGCUUGGAAGGAGGUGGUGAAGGAGAAGGAUUAUGAGAUACAGGCCAUCCAGGAGGAUAUGGCGCGCAUCCAGGAAGCCAACGACGAGCUGAAGCAGAGGCGCAUGUCAGACAGGUCCGGGGCUCUACAGAAGAAGCUCGACAAGGCCGAGUCGGUCCUGGAAGAGACGGAGGCAGAGCUGCGGCAGUCGCAGGAGGAAGCUCGGAAGUGGAAGAGCGAGCAUGGCGGACUGCAGAAGGAACUGGUGGCAUGGAGGGCAGCGCAUGACAAGUGCGAAGCCGAGCUGCAGGAACAGAAAGCGUCGGCGCAGCACUUGCGGGAGAAGCUGGAAAGCCUGCAGAGCGGUCUUUCCGCCGCGGAGGCCGCAGCCAGGCGGGCGGAGGCAGCGGAGCAGCGCUUGCAGAAGGAGCUGCAAGCCAAGAAGGCCAAGCCGCGGUUGGUGAAGGAGGUCAUGACGCACUUGAGCAUCCAGCCAGAUGGACGCCUUGAACGGGCGGAGCAAGAGGGGCUUCGCUUGGCGGCAGAGGUCACGGGCCUCACCGCUGAGCUCGAGGAAGCUCGCAUGGAGGCGGCGAGCUUACAGGAGGCGGUGCGUGCUCGCGAGCGCGACGCAUUCGAAAGGCAGCAGGAAGUGGAGGAACUGACGGCGCAGCUGCACGAUGCCAAGGGCUCCCGUGAACUGGAGGCAAGGACGUCGCAGGAGGCCGUGCGCCAGUUGGAGAACAAGCUGCAGGCCCUCCAAGCAAAGCUCGAAGCCCAGCAGCGACAGGCUGCAGCAUCCGCAGCCGAGCUGGAGCGGCUUGAGGCGACCCGCAACGAGGCGGAGAGCCAGGCACGAACUGCCCAGGAGGCCGAGGCUUCAGAAGUGCAUGCGCUCCGCGCCGCGCUGGCAGAGGCUCAGGCUGCGCAGGAGGCCAGGGCGAGGACCCUGGUCAGCCAGUUUCAGCAGACCGAGUCUUGGGCCGCCGAAAACCAGGAGGAAGAGAUUCAGAGGCUGAGGAAGGAGGUCCAGACCUGGAGAGACCGGGAGGCCGAGUUGCUGAAACAGCUGGACGAGCGUUUGUCCCAGAACAGCAUUGCUUCUGAGGACAAGCAGUGCCAGACCGACCUCUUGGAGAAAGCGCUUUCUGUGAGGGAUGCAACAGGUCAAGAGCCGAGCGCGCAGCUGGAGACACCCAAGAUCGGUAAGAAUGCCGUGCACCAGGCAUCCACAAGCCCCUGGGCUGACCCAGACUCCACUGACGUAAGCGACAUGGUUGCAUAUCCGCGAGUUCUGUCCAUGGGUGGUGGCUGGUUGCAAGGCGUGAGCCUGAGCAGCUGGCGCGGGAAGUUAAGGCAACAAUCCAAGCAGACGCAGACGAGCCGCUCGCCGUCUGCAAGCCCGCCAGGCAGCAAGACACCCAAGGAACGCAAGGAACGCACCCGCUCCCCCGACCGCGAGCGGCACAUGCCCAUCGAGCUGACCGCAGAGGGCCUCUCGCACCUCUCGCGCGGCCGUUCCCCGCAGCCCUUCCCGUCCGCGCACGCAGGGAAUGCCGCGAAGGUGCUGCUCCCCCUCACUGCCAAGGCCAAGCGCAGCACCGUCUGCCGCUCCCCGCCCCGCCUUCGCGUGAACUCAAAGGAGGCCAUGGAGGCCGCCGAAACCCGCCCAGCCCAGACAAGGCUAUCCCGGUCGCCCGAGGCCCGUGAGGCCCAAGAGAGACCCGUGAACCGCAUGCCCGCGGAAGUGGAAAGGCGCCGCAAGGCACCGGCUGCUCACGCAGCUUCGCCGCAGAAAUCGGCAGCUGGGCACCCGCUUGGCGGGCCGGAGCUCGACUCUGUGGGACCCCUGGGUGCGGAGAGCCAGGUAUCCUGGGAGACGACAGUCUUUGGAUCAGGCCCCUCAGGCCUACAGCGCAGCAGCGACGCCGAGUGUGGAAGUUCUACGCUCGCAAGCAUCGAUAUGUCCCGAGCAGCUGUCCGGCAGAGUGCUGAUGCGGCGAGGACAAACACUUCCAGAGCUGCCAAGGACACGGGCACCAUGCGGCGGUCGGCCCCGGAAGCUGCGUCGAGAAUCGGCGUCGCCGGCUUCACCGGCUUAAUUGCAGAUGGCGUGCGGACGCGAAGCAACGCCCUGCGCAGCCAACGGCGUCCUCCGGCCGCGGAGUGCGGCGCAGCUGCCGUCGGUGCGGCGGAUGGCCAGGAGCUCCGGGAACUUGGGGACCUUCAGACCCUGCUCUGCAGCGACGCUGCAGCGCCCGGCAUCUUGCCUGAUGAGAACAUGGCGCCUGGGGAGGAUGCAGCGGCCGCGUAUGUGGCACAGCUCAAGAAGAGCCUGGGCCUGCAGGCGGCUGCACCGGAGAAUGCGCCCAAAGGCGGCAGCAGCUCUCCGAGCGCAGGGGCGCAUGCCCGCGCAAGAAGCAGCGACACGAGGAGCGCCGGCGCAGCCGAGUCCUCUGGGGUCGCGCCGCUCCGUUCGCUGCCGCGCUCGCGCAGCAGCGACCCGCGGGCGCAUAUAGCAGCUGCGAGGGCGAUGACAAGCCACGACUCCGAUGAGGAGGAGGAUGACGACGAUGAGCCUACAACUCAAGGCUUCCAAUGGAAGGCUGGAAUCCGUGGCCUCGUCAAGCAGUUUGCCCAGGAGGAGCGGGCUCGAAUGGCCAGGCACGUGCCCGGGCCGGCUGUGUUCGUCAUUUUUGUGUGCACAGGACGCUUUGAAGAGGCUUUGUUUGCGUUCUGUUUUGGCCUGGGUGAUCAGCCAGUGCUGUUGCUGCUGCUGUACCCCUUGGAAGGUGCACCCGAGGGCCUGAAUUGCUGCUUCGUCCCACGCGGGAAGCCGGCGGUUCUCGUCUGCGACGCGACCCGGGGCGAGGUCAUCUCCGAUGUUCCCUUUGCCUUCUACGGCGACGUGCCUGUGGAGGAAAGAAUCUGCGGGGCGGACGUGGCGCACCCCAAGACCUGCGGGGUGGACGUGCGCAAGCAUCUCCUUGCGUGCCGCGGGCAGGAGGCAUGCGAGGUGGACUGGUCGUUGUUCGCGGCGGAGUGCCCGAGCAACCAAGAGCUUGUGAUGCGUUGGACCUGCGAAGUGGCAGAUGCCUCCAGCAGUUCUAAGGCCCGCAAGGAGCCCAGCCGGGGAAUCUCGGGACCGCUCUUUGCCCGGGGCGGCAUCCUUGCGGACUCCCAAGGCCAACGGGUACGUCUUCAAGGUGUGAACUGGCCGGGCGCGCACAUCAACCAUGUGCCUUCUGGUCUCGACCGAGCGCCCGUGGCCUCCAUUGCCUCACGAAUCCGCGCUCUAGGCUUCAAUGUGGUGCGCCUCACCUGGGACGUGAACACCGUGCUCAGCAACCCGAGGGUGAGCAGCCGGAGGGUGUCCGCGAACCCGCAGCUUGUGGGGAAGCGCGCGCUCGACGUCAUGGAUUCCGUGAUCGAGGCGCUGGGGGAUGCGGGUGUGGCCGUUUGGCUGGACAACCACAUGCUGGACACGGACUGGUGCUGCACCGAAACGGACUGCAAUGGUUUCUGGUUCAAUCCCAACCACAGCAUGACGAACUGGAUCGAAGCUUGGCGGAUUGUGGCCAGGCGCAGCCGGCAGUUCAAGGCGGUUCUGGGCGCGGGCUUGAAGAACGAGCCUCACCCCGUGCAAACUGGGAAGAGCUGGGGCACCGGAUCCUUCUGCAACGCGAGCUUCUUCCAGCCGGCUGCGGGGAAUGCCCUCGUGGGGGCCCAGUGGGCCUCUGGCCCAAGGCAACUGCAGUGGCGUGGGGCGGCAGAGCACGCAGGGCAUGUGGUUCUUGAGGAGAACCCGGACCUGAUUGUUUCGAUCAGCGGCCUGGGCUACUCCUUCGACUUGCUCGAGGCUGCCAGAAUUGAAGAAGGUUGGGUCCGGGUGGUGGCCUCAAAUUCAGCAACACGUUUGGUCACGGCGGCCGACCUAGUCGUAAGAUGCCAGGACAAGGUGGCCUACGAAGCACAUUCCUAUGCCUGGCAAUCCUACACUGUUGUCUUCGAUGUGCGGCUGCCUGACAGAUGCUCGGCACUGGGUUCAUGGGGCAAGAAGGCCCGGGGGCCUGUUGCAAGAGGGCAGUCGAAUCCAGAGGCCAGGCACAUGGAAUCAGGAAGCAAGGAGCGACAUCGGCCUGAUUCCGUCUUCUAUCGCGAGCCCUGCGCUGGGCUGUCCUGCACCACAGAGGAGGGUCAGCCGCAUCUUCGUGCUUACCACUUCUGCAUGGGUCCUAGCGGUCGUGGCAAUCAUCAGCUACAGAUGGUGCUGAUUCUUGAAAAGGACGACUGCGAGCUUCGUGCCGGCGAGGGUGACGGGCCGCUGCUCGACUGCGGCUGCGCGAUCGUCCGAUAUGCUUCUGGCAUGUCGGACUUUGCGCUUCGAAACGACCAGUGGUGGGGCUACCUUGUGAAGGAGGGCAUUGCGCCCGUGCUCGUCACCGAGUUCGGCAUGAGUCAUGACUUCCAAAGCGGCACUGGCUUUGUCUUGAGGUUGCGGCCAUGUGUUUCUGUGGCUGGUGCUAAUGUCGGCCUCGACUGGAUGUACUGGGCUCUGCCAGGGGAGCAGGAGGGCGGCACUUCGCGCCACGAGGGGGCCACGGAGACCUUUGGGGAGCCUCGGGUCAUGAAUCACUGCCUGACGGCCCCUGCGUCCGAGAAGCACAUGGAUGCUCUUCGAAGCAUCAUGAUGCUGCGUGUUUGGCGGAUCUCGGGUGACGAGCUGGCAUCUUUCCCGGCGGAGCAGCUCAGCAACGUGCGUGCCCUGAAGCGCAGCUUGCAACCGCUUUGCGGGCUGCCGCGCUUCCGUCAGCGGCUCCAUCACAAUGGCCUCAACCUGGAGGACGACGUAGAGCUGCACACUGCUCCAAGCAGCCUGCAGCUGGUCUUGCUGCCCUUCGCCAGCGCCUCCCAAGAAGAGGUGGCGGAACUGAUGCUGGCCGCCGACACAGGUUCUGCUGGGGAAGUGGAAGGCAUCCUCCAACGACCCCAAGAUCCGAACUUGGAGCCAGAGUCGAGUCCCCUCUUUGCCGCCUCUCGGGGGGGCCACGCGGAAGUGGUGCGCCUCUUGCUGGAAGCUGGCGCCCGCACUUCGCAAGGGAACUGUGAGGGGGAUACACCUCUGCAUGCAGCCUCUGCCCAUGGCCUGGUGGAGGUGGUGCGCUUGCUCCUCGAAGCCAAGGCUGACAGCUCGAGCAACUCGCUUGGCCUGACACCUCUGCACAUGGCCUCGCAGAGGGGUCACCUGGAGACUGUGCGCCUGCUGCUGCCGCCAAAGGCGGCCAAUGGCCAGAGCGCGACUCUUGGCUUGAUGCCCAUUCUUCCCAUCGCCUCCGCGUAUGGCCAGGUGGCUGUUGUACGUCUUCUCUUGGAGGCAGCUGCCGACAAGGACCAGAGCGACAGACUGGGACUGACGCCUCUUUGCGCCGCAGCCCAGUAUGGUGAGGUGGAAACCGUGCGCACCUUGCUGGAGGCCCGUGCUGAUAGGGACCAUCGUGCCCAUGCGGGGUUGACGCCUCUUCAGGUCGCAUCCGCACAAGGCCACGUGGCCAUUGUACAGCUCUUGCUGGAGGCCGGGGCUCGCAAGGAGGAGAGGGACAGCCGUGGGCUCACGGCUUUGUGGAUGGCAUCUCAGAAGGGCCACGACAGCGUCGUGCGGCUGCUGCAGGCCGGUUCAGAGGGUUCAGAGGCCAGCAAUCUCGGCCAACCGCCUUCCGUUUUAACCGAUGGGCUCGGUACCGCGUCGGACAAGGCCGCCGCAGCUCCAAAUGCGCAGCCUCCUUGA